GAGGAGCGGAUUUGUCGGCCCUAGAUACAGAGGAUCAGAUUGGUCAUCGUUGACAAAGGGGGUCGAUCGAGGCGCGUGUGAUGCAGGCGAUACGGUCGAUCGGUCCAGCCGAUGCGGUCGAUCGUCUGCGAGGGGAUCGAGUCGUCACUCGAGAGGUGAUCCAGCCGACGCCGUCGAUCAGGCUUCCAUUGAGAAAGCGAGGGGACGCGGGGAUGAAGGCCGACGCUUCGGCUGAUCGAAACUGCUCCAUUGAGACUUGAUAGAUGCAAUCAUACGUCAGUUUCUGAGCCAAUAUUCUUGGUGGCUGGUCUAUAUAUGCUUCCUUCCCUGCCAGUCUUCGCUAACCCUUUCCACUCUCGGUACCACAUCUUCCAGCAUGUUGCUCUGGUGAUGUUCAUGCUGAUUUGAGCAUAUCCUGGAGCUUGGUACUGAGAAUAUUUUUGGUCGACAGUUCAUAAUCUAAAAUGGCGUUCGGAGAUGCGAUGGGGAUUGCUCAAUCCGGAUUCAGCAUCGAGCACCUGGCCGAAGGUACACGCGGACGUCAGGAAACUUUUGGUUGGGGAUCUCUACCGGGCAGCAGGAGGUUGUUAAUGUCAUCAAAACGCGCAACAAGAAUCCAAGCCCAACAGAAAUCAUUUUUGUUUGCAUUGAACCAAAGUGCAAGUACACUAGAGGGUUCAAGGAUUCCCGAGAAGUGGCCAAUGUUCAGUGAAACUGUUGUAUGCUCCCGAGGAAAGUGGUCUCGUGCUAAAAAUCAAGUGCAUUGACCAUGUUAUAUGUUUUCUGAUUUCUUCGCUCAAAAGGUCAUCGAUUGUUGAAUAUGUCUUCUAUGCUACACUUCUUUAAGAUAUGUAAUUAUAUAUAUCAAUAAAUACAAACAAAAGAAUUCCACAA